AUGCUGGCGGGUGGUACGAACGUCCAAGUUGAACGACUAAGCCCGGAAGACCCGCAGUUAGGUGGUAGAUUUGGAAACGGAGAGUGGUAUACAGAUAAUGGUCAAUGCCUCGGUGUUCAGGACAAACCAGAAUUCUUUGCUUCCACCGCGCAAAAGGGUCACAUUCUGAAGCGAAAGCCAGCCUUUUCGAAUGACCUAGGAGAGGAAAGCAAAACAAAACAAAACAAAUACGCGAUCGUUUGUGUGCUGUCCGUUGAAAAACAAUGCCCCGGUGGUGUUACCUCAAGCGGUGAUGAAACUGCUGCGAUCAGCUGA